ACCAUCUGAGUAGAUAAAACAAGUGCCUGUGUUUCCAUGGUUGAUGAGCUCUCUCUCUCUCUCUCUCUCUCUCAUACGCCCACUGCUCUCUGUGAAUUUGGCUCAAACCUCGAAGCAUCAUGCCUCUAAAUUUGCUCAUAUCUUUCACCUGAAAAUAAAUUUGUUACAGAAAUUUGGCUGUGUUUGUACAUAAAUUUGGUGGACCUUUGCAUUUGCUGGUGGCUGCUGGUGUUUCUUCUUCUGCGCUGUGAGUUGGACUUAUUUUUCUUAUGAUGAUGACAUGUGCUGACUGACUUCAGCCAACACAACUUGGUGCACCAUGAAAUUCGUAAUGAAGAAGGGAUUGACAUCCAGUGUGCCAUUCUGUUUAAAAGGAAAAUCAACCCCUUGUUUUAGGUUAUUUCCAAAAGUUAAACCCGGAUAUGGGCCAGGCAAUGCACCGGUUUAUCUCAACGUGUAUGACUUGACUCCCAUGAAUGGCUAUGCUUAUUGGGCUGGCUUUGGCAUCUUUCAUUCUGGUGUGGAAGUUCAUGGUGUAGAAUAUGCAUUUGGAGCUCAUGACUAUCCGAGUAGUGGUGUGUUUGAGGUUGAACCUCGGCAAUGCCCAGGAUUCAAGUUUAGGAGGUCGAUAUUAAUCGGGACAACAUGUCUGGACCCUAUCCAGGUCAGAGAGUUCAUAGAACACCAUGCUGCAAACUACUAUGGCGACACGUAUCACCUAAUUGUCAAAAACUGCAACCAUUUCUGCAACGACAUUUGUCACAAUUUAACAGGGAAGCAAAUCCCAGGGUGGGUUAAUCGACUUGCUAAACUCGGUUCGGUUUUUAGCUGUGUUCUACCGGAAGCUCUUAGAGUUUCGGCCGUGGAACAUGAUCCUAAUUGCAUACCAUAUGAGAACGAGAAGCAAACGCUGAGAAGUGGUAGUUUUAGUUUCCUGUCGUCAAGGCAGAGACAGUUGUCGAUGUCUUCAUUACUUCUGCAGUCUCCGUUAAAGGGUUGCCUACGGCCAUGGGAGUUGAGACGAUCCAGAACUGUGGUGCUAAACAACAGGUAAGAGACUGGAUGUCGUUUUACUUUUCAUUUCUUCUUUGGAAAAUCUCGUAAAUAAGAAGUUGUUCGAUCGAUUCCGUAUUAUUCGUUUUAAUUAAAGCAUUAGGUACAAAAAUGGUGGUUUGUGCAGUAUAAAUGUUGUGAAUUGGGUGUUUGGUGUUAAGUUCUACUUCUUAUUGGGAGGUUGGUAUUCAUGUUAAA